AUGGAGGUCACGCCAUGCAAUUUAGUUCUCUUGGGCUCCGAGGGGGUGGGGAAGAGCGCAAUAUUGCAGCAGUUUUUGAAGAAGACAUUUCGUCCGGAUUACGUCCCGACUACAUUAGAGACAUGUGUGCACGUUGUCAGCGUGGAUGGAAAUACGUAUAGACUGCAUUUUUGCGAUUGCUCCGGCAGUCGUGGAUUUAGCGUUCACCGUGCGCCAUAUAUCGUGGAGGCGCACGGUGUCAUGCUUGUUUACUCUACCACCAGUAGGAACUCGCUUGUGCAUCUUCUGGGGUGCGCAAAUGAGGUUUUUAGUACACGAAGGCAACAUGGCGUUAAAGGGAAGAUUCCCUUUAUUCUUGUAGGCACAAGAGCGGAUAUCGUGGGGCGUCGUGUCGUGACUAUAAAUGAUGCAAAUCGCGUGGCGCAGGGGUGUCUGCUGGCGUUGGGUUUGAAGAUUUUUAAAGAGAAGAAAAAAAUAGGAUACAAGGGUGGGUGCAACAACGGAGGUAUGGAGGUUGAUCCCAUCAACGACCUACCUGUGUUGGAAAUAUCAGGCGCAAAUACACAUGAGGUAUCUCAGGUAGUGUACACAAUGAUUCGCAUGGUGCGUUACUUCCGUGCAACGUCUCGGCUGCCCAGGUUUAGUUUGAUUUGCCCAGGCGUGGUGCCGCGCCGAUAUGUCGUAGUAGAAACAAACUUAGACGCUCAUUCGGGCGGUGCCAGUAGCAGUACUUCCCCGGACGGUCGUUUCACACCGGCGUUGUCUGAUAAUUCACAGGCAACCUCGCAUCGCCACGCUUUUCACAUGUCGCCAGUUGGUUCGGAUGAAUGGAGUGCCUCAUAUUCUCCGAGGAGCGUUGGUGUAACACAAAGCGUGCGUUCAAGUGGCGUGGAAGAGGACCGGGCGAUUGUUCAUCCAUACCUGCAACAGGUAGAAGAUCGUGAGGUCAUCUUCAGCUUACCGCCGCGAAUUUCCUCUGAUGCAUCCGUCAAUGUAUCUGCGAGUACUAAGACGCAAUUGUCAUCCUUUGCAUUGGACGGACCGUCGGAACGACGGGCACCAAAAGUUGGACCAACUGACAGGCAGUGUCCCCGCUGUCACUUCAUGUAG